AUGCUGGACGACAACCGCAAGAUCGGCACCUUACUGCUGGGUCUAGGCUUUGCCUUUUUACUACUGGGCGUGCUCAUGAUUUUUGAUGCAGCCAUGUUGGCACUUGGUGACGUCUUGUUUCUGAGCGGAGUGGCACUCACCAUUGGCCUGUCGCGGACCGUGCGCUUCUUUACGCGCAAAGAGCGAUGGCGUGGUAUCGUGUGCUUCCUGGGCGGCAUUCUCUUGGUCAUGUUGCGGUACCCUGUGAUUGGUAUGAUUCUCCAGAGCUUUGGCUUUUUGAACCUGUUUGGGUCGUUCUUUCCAGUGGCUGUGGCAUUUCUGCGACAAACGCCGGUGAUUGGGAAUAUCCUGAGUCUUCCAGUUAUCAGCCACGUCGUGGACCGACUAGCCGGUGUGCAAAAGCGCGGCUAUCAGGUGUGA